AUGUUUCGGUUAGGAUUUUUUCUUUUACUAUUCAAUAUAGUUUCAUCAACAAUAUUCAAUAUUAAAGAUUAUGGUGCAGUUGGCGAUGGAACUACCGAUGAUACGAAUGCGGUUCUUAAGGCAAUUUCUCAAUGCACGAUCAACGGUGGCGUUCUUUACAUUCCAAGUGGAACAUUUGUUAUACGCUCGUCAUUGAUGUUUCAAACAAAUGCUCCGUUUACAAUCAGUGGUGAUGGAAUGAAUUCGAUUCUUUUAUGGCAAUUCGACGAUCAUCUAAUUCAUAUUUUACCCAGUAAACAAAUGAAUAACGAAAUAUCAGAAAUAACAAUUCGUGACUUUGUGAUCACAUCGAGCUUGAUUGGAAAAUCCUUGAAUAAAUUCGGUAUUUAUGGAGAAAAUUUAGUUAAAAGUCACAUAGAACACCUCAUUUUCAAUUCGAAUGAUUCAAAAAUCAGUCCAAUAAGUAGUGGAAUAUGUUUUUCAGGCGUUGCUGAUACAAACACAGUACGCGAUGUCAUAAUGUGGGAUAUCCGUGGAACAGGAAUCGAAAUCGGCUAUGGAUCAGAGAUUCGAAUUUUCGGUGGACGAAUCAUCGGAGCAAAUACUCGUUUUGAUCAAAGUAUCGGAAUUCAUUGUACAGGAAAUAACGGAGGUGUUCAUAUUGACAGCACUGAUAUUAUUGGUUUAGCUCAAGGAAUUUUGAUUGAAAAUGUAAAUGGACAUGGAUCAAAUAGAGAAAUAUUUAUUAAUCAAGCGACAAUUGAUUCGAAUGGCGAAGGGUUAAUUAUACGUGACAAUAGUUAUGUUUCAAUCGUGGGAAUAUGGGCAGCGUCAAGUACGAAACAUCAAGUUUAUGUAGACGAAAAUACAAGUGCACUUUUAACUAUUAGUGGAGGAACGAUAUUCAAUGGAGGAGUUUAUGAAUGUCCAAAUAGUUCAAAUUGGUGCAAUGGAAUUACAAUCAAAAGUGGAAAUUUUAUUCUUGAUGGUGUUCAUGUUAGAAAUAACAAAGGAAAGGGUAUUUGGGUAGUAAAUCAAUCGGUUACACAAUUUCAGAUCAUUUCAUCGCGAAUAGUUCAAAAUGGGCAAGGUCUGUUCAUUAAUGGAUCGACAUUUAUCAUUUCGAAUAACAUCUGUAAGGAAAAUCAAGUAGAUAAUUGGAUUUUCAAUACAACUUAUUCAAUUAUUUCGAAUAAUCUUUUCUGUUAA